ACCCCCGAGUAUAACUUUGGCAAUUGGCAGCGGAAGGAAGCGUCUUCCAACUCCGGCGAGGGUGACGACGGCCGUAAGCCGCCGGCCUCUACAAGUCUCCAGAACAUGGCGGUGGCGAUUCCAUUGUUGUCUUUGAAUCCGUUGGGUCUUGUGGCUUUAGGUGGAGGAUUGGCCGCGUAUUAUCUUCUCCGUGACCUGCGCUUGCCGCGCUUCCGCCCGCGAGUUAUGCCGGAGGUGAUAGACGCGGAGGCUGAUGCCCGGAGGGCGGAGGCUCUCCGAAGGCAACAGGAGAAGGCUGCUCUCCAAAGGCAACUGGUUGAGUGCUUGGCGACAAAGGUUGAACUCCAAAGGCAAUUGGACGAGUGUUGGGAAGCAAAGCCUAAACUCAAAGUCGAGCUCGAAUUAAAGGUACAACUCAUUUUGGAACUCGAGUUAAAGAUUAAGGUCCAGUUGGAAAUCGAGAUAAAGAUUAGGCGGGAACUGGAGGAGUGUAAGGAGACAAAGGAUCAACUCCAAAGGGAAUUGGAGGAGUGUAGGAAGGAAAAGGCUGAACUCCAAUCGAAAUUGGAGGCGGGUAAGGUGAAAAAAGGUGAACUCCAAAGGCAAUUAGAAGAACGUGGGUGUGUGUCGGCAGAGGCAAAUGAGGAGGCUACAAAGGCAUGUGAUGCUGAGAAGGCACUUGAUGCUAAAAUUAUGGUGAGAUUGAGAAAAUGAAGGUGAAAAUAUUGGAGGAAAAGAAAUGGGAGAUCAAUAUCCUCAACAAGGACAUUGAGGUGCUGCAUGCCACAAUGGCUAGACAAAAAGGAGAGAGAAAAAAGUGCAUCUCCAAAUGAUCAGUGAUGCCGACCUAUUGUGUUACUGUGUGAUCAUGAUCAGUAGGUACUACGCAAUAAAAUGGAACCUCUAUUUCCAUUGUCAUAUGUGCCGUGUUAUUGUUUGGAUUCAUCUUGUGAAUACUAUAUGCAUUAAAAUCACUCCAACAAGGAGUCGAA